AUGACUUCUCUCGCCAGUGGCCCUGCUGGUUUCCUCCAGAGCGGUCUUGACCGUCUCUAUGUGUCCAUUGCGGGCACUGCCUUCUUUGUUUGCGCGCUUGUUGCAAUUGUCCUCUUCGCGGCCUCGCAGAAGCGCAGCAAGGUCGACUACAACAACGGAAUCUUUACCUACCUCAAGUUCAUUUACGCCAGCUUUCUGAAGCCCCAUGACAAGGGCGGAAGCGGUCAACAAGAUGCGCUGGAGAGCUUCUAUUCCACUCAAGCUACUGUGUACGAUGCUACCCGAAAGCGCCUUCUUCGUGGUCGGGAGGAUAUGCUCGGUCUCGUUGCUGCUCAGCUCAAAUACAAGGUCGAGAACAGGGAGCUUCAAAAGGGCAAGGCUGUCUGGGUUGAUAUUGGUGGCGGCACUGGAUACAAUAUCGAAGCUAUGGCUGCGUUCGUGUCCGUUCCCGAAUUCUUCUCCCACGUCUACCUUGUCGAUCUCUCACCUUCUCUACUCGAGGUUGCACGCAAGCGCUUUGAAAGAUUAGGGUGGAAGAAUGUUACCGUUGUCUGUCAGGAUGCUCGCUCCUUCCGAUUGCCGGAGGACAAUAUCGAUCCCAUCAAGACUGUCGGAGCUGGUGCCGAUGUGGUGACAAUGAGUUACAGCUUGUCAAUGAUCCCAGAUUAUUACAGUGUGGUGGACUCAAUAGGUCAUUUGGUUAAGCCCUCCGGUCUGUUAGGUGUUUGCGAUUUCUAUGUCCAAAGCAUUGUCGACGUCUCAUCCAGAAACUAUAUCGGCGGUGCUUUUAACCGACAUGUCAAUUGGCUAGGGCGUGCAUUCUGGCGCGCGUGGUUCGAGGCAGACCGUGUGAAUCUCGAUGCCGCUCGGCGAGACUACUUGGAAUAUCGCUUUGGAACAGUCAUUUCUGCUAGUGAGCGAAACUACCUCCUAGGAGGCAUCCCUUACUACAUCUUCAUCGGGCGCCAAAAAGAUAUCUCCCCGAACCAGGCCAGUCGGGAGGCUAUUGAGAAGCUGGACGCGUCUUUCACCGAAUCACCAUAUUUGUCUCCUGCCAACCAUCGUAAGGAGAUGGACAAGGCCAUUAUCAAGAGCACACAGGAGAUUCACUCCAAAGCAUACGAGUCGGCUGUUGUCAACCUGAGCGCCAACCUUCCCCUUCCCGCGGCCUUCUACCAAAACCACCAUUACCGCAUCUUCUACAACGACCUCCUUCCGAAGCACACCCAGUUCCAGAAUGAGUAUAUCUAUGCCUUUAACUGGGAAGACCCCCGGGUUGACCACCGACUACUCAAUAUCAAGCGUGACGACGUUAUUCUGGCUAUUACAAGUGCUGGUGACAACAUCCUUGACUAUCUGCAGAAGAGCCCGCGCCGCGUGCACGCCGUUGACUUGAAUCCUAACCAGAACCACCUCAUUGAGCUGAAGGUUGCCAGCUUUAUCGCUCUCGGCCACCGAGAUGUCUGGAAAAUCUUUGGUGAAGGGAAGCACUCUGAGUUCCGAGACCUUUUAAUUUCCCGCUUGAGUCCUCACCUUUCCAGCCAGGCGUUCCAGUACUGGCUUGAACACAGCCACGUCUUCACCUCAAAAUCUGGCCGAGGUCUCUAUGAGACCGGCGGUUCUCGCCACGCCAUAAAGAUGAUCCGCUACAUCUUCAAGGUCUUCGGUCUGGCAGGUCAAGUGAAGAAGCUCUGCGAGGCACAGACCCUAGCCGAGCAGCGUAAGAUCUGGCCACGGAUCCGGGCCGUCCUAAUGAGCAAGCCUCUCCACUGGGCGGUGGUCAGCACUGAGUGGUUCGCAUGGAAGGCCGCCGGCGUUCCUCGCAACCAGCGAAACAUGAUCGUUGAGGAUUACUUCAAACGCAAUGGUCUCACAAAAGAGAUGAAGAAUACUAAAGACAUCAGUGGCAAGUCAAUCUGGGAAUACGUGGUUGACACGCUGGACCCUGUCGUCAAUGAAACCAUGAUCGGCAACGACAACUACUUCUACUACCUCUGCUUGAAGGGCCAAUUCUCAAGAAGAUGCGCCCCUGCAUACCUUACACCCCAAGCCCACGUCAAAUUAUCAUCUCCCGGUGCCUUUGACGGCCUACGCAUCCACACCGACGAAAUUAAUGAAGUCAUCGGACGUAUCACGCCUCGAAGCCUCACAAUCGCCGUAAUCAUGGACUCAAUGGACUGGUUUGACCCCGAAGGCACCGACGCCACCGCGCAAGCGCAGAAAUUCAACCACGCCCUCAAAAUGGACGGCCGCAUCCUCCUCCGCUCCGCCAGCAUCGAGCCGUGGUAUAUCAAGAACUUCGAGGAGAACGGCUUCUCGGCGAGACGUGUUGGAGCCCGUUUCUCGGGUACUUGCAUUGACCGUGUGAACAUGUACGCCUCAACCUGGAUCUGCACCAAGACAAGGGAACUCGAACGCCCCGCGAACGAUAAGCGCUCGAAUAGCGUUGAGUACCUGGAGAUCUAG